AUAGACGCGCCGCAUGUUUACUUCCGGUACGAGGGUCGGGUGACAUGCCGCUUGGUGGGGAUAGUAUGCGUCUAAAUAAUGUACAUCUCCCAGAGUAAUCCAGGGUAAUAGUGUCUGUGUGUACAGCAACCUUCAUUUUAAUGUGACUUAAAGUGGUGAAGACGCUUAAACCAUUCAACGGAGCUUUCCAGAAAAAAAUCAUAGCGUAAGCAAACUCUCGAGAUGCUUAAUCUUUGUUCAAGUACAUCUGUGGCUGAUGCUAAAGACAGAGGUGUAAGAGAACCUCUGGCAAGCAAAGGUCAGACGUGUGUUCAGGAUGCUGACGCCAUUUGUGUCAAGAAUGAAGAGGAGACUGUUGUGAGGCUGGAUGAACCAGCAGAGGCUGCUGUCACAGAAAGGCCCCCCAUUGCUGAGGACAGAAAUCCGCAAGAGGCUGAAGAACGAAGCGACGGAUCACAGGGUCAGUCCAGUGAUACGAUAAAUGACAAUUCACUUAUUAAAUGCACGUCUGAAAGGCCAGCUAGCUCCUCACCCAAAGUAGAAGAUGGACUUUCAAAAAAAGAUCAGGGUGAAGGAGCAAGAAACCUGGGAAGUGGGAGCCCAGGCAGGAAGGCUGGAGGACUGGUCGAUGGGGAGUGGGUCAUCCGGAGCACAGCCUUCAUCGGGCCGAUGUGCCGGCCUGAACCGACUGAGUCCAAGGGGAACCUGGAUGACAAACUGACUGAGUUCUACAAAGAGCUGGAACAGAUGGAACCCGCAGAAACUCCUGACAACAGCACCGACAAAGAUGAGAGCCGCGUCGAAGCAAAGAAAUCCAUAAACUCGACUCCUUCAGAAGAAGGGUUUCAUUUCAGCAGAGGUCACAGACCUUAUCGUCGGCCUCAUAUAUACCGGGACCCCCCCAACGAGGAAUGGCAUUCCUGGAAACGUAGGCGCGACUUCCAUUAUGGCCCAAAUCACAGCAGCUGGGAUCCCUAUUAUCAGAACCAGUGGCAGCAUCCCCCAUCGUUUGGGGGUCCUCCCUGCCCCCCAUAUCCAAGGUUCAGCGAGCCUAAAUUAUAUGGGCCUCCCAAUUUCCCACCACCGCCAAAUCCCUUAUACCAUCCAGCUUUCAGGCCGCAUGUGAGUACUUUCUAUGACUGCCCUCCUAUAGCAGAAUGGGAGCAGCCGUUCCCACCGGGGUCUGACUUUGCAGGUUUUGAUGGCUUUGGUGAUCACUACACUUCCCAGGGCUGUGGUGAAAGCUUUUUUCCCCCAUAUGAUUUGGAAAACAAUCAAGCCAAUGGUUGUUCCAGCCACAGAAGCCGACCCUGGUUUCAGUCAUAUGAACAGGAUGGUUCCGACUGGAGAACUUGUCCCGAUAUAGAAUUUGGGCCCCGGCAGCAUCAUCUCAAUGAAGAGUUUUGUGAGCCGUCAGACUCAAAGAAAGGUUUCCUUGAUUCCCCGUUGGUUCUGAUCCUGAUGAGAGGACUACCAGGGUCUGGAAAGUCAACUUUAGCCCAGGACCUCCUUUCAUCUGGUCCAAACGGGCUGGUCCUCAGCACUGAUGAUUACUUCUCCCAGGAGACAGGCUAUGCUUAUGACCCAGGUCUGUUGGGAGACGCUCAUAGCUGGAAUCAAAACCGGGCCAGGGAGGCUAUGGAUGACAAUCGUUCUCCAGUAAUUAUUGACAAUACAAACAUGCAGGCUUGGGAAAUGAAGCCAUAUGCAGAAAUGGCUGUAGAAAGGGGAUAUCGCGUGGAUUUCUGUGAGCCCAACACCAACUGGAAGUUGGACCCCACAGAGUUGGAAAAGAGAAACAAGCAUGGUGUCGGCCGGCAAAAAAUUUCAGAAAUGCUGGAGCGUUUUGAGUUGCCAAUGUCCCUGGACAUUGUGCUGAACUCGCAGCAACCCCUCCACAAAAGCAGAGGGCGCUCUUCAACGCAGCCCAAGCAGAGGUUGCACGACACUGGAGAUAAUGUCCCUGAUUGAGGGCAAACUACUACUUUCUGGUUUAAUUAUUUGUUGAUUACACCAGCAAUUUUGGUGCUGGCUGUUUGUGGUUUGCAAAACUGCAGCUGAGAUGAGCUGGUAAACUGUGAUUAAGUGUCUUUAGGCUUAUGUUUUGUACUUAUAACUAUGCAGGGAUUGUACUGAUUUUUCUACCUUGCAAGUCCUGGAAUGUCCACCAGGGGGGUCAGAUGGGCAUGGAUACUGGGGGCCCAGCCCUUUAUAGGGGCCCCAAAUUUUUCCAGACCUCAGCAAAAUGGUCUGUGGGAGGAUCUGUAUUUUUUCAGACUAAAAGUGCCAAUUCUAGCAGGGGGCCAGUCCAUUUUGCUGGGGUAGCUACGCCCCUGAAGUCCACUGCAGUUACUGAAAUCAGUUCUAUGGUACAUACCGCACAGGGACUUGGAGGAAUCGGCACCUGCACUGUUAUUUUUGUCAGUGCUCGUUUACUUGCCUAAGAUGCCUGAGUUUUAUUCACGCGGUACCCUGCUGCCACUUUGCCUGGACAGCAUUUUAUUGUCCCCUGAACUGUAAACUAGGAAAAAACAGGCUAUAUUACUUAUUUUUCUGUCAAGGUUAAUAUCAACAUUAAAAAAAAAAAAAACCCACGAGACUGGGCGAUGUAAUAUGCCCAGUGCUCUGUGGGGCACACUGGAAAUUUCGAGGUUAUGUCUUGAAAACAAAAUUAGUAUUUGGAGUCUGUCUUAUUACCAGCAGUGCAGUUCCUCACUAGCACACUAGUGUGACAUCAUGAGUUCAGCCUGCCCUGAUAGCUUUAUGAUUAAGCAGAUGCUUAUAGAUAUACAUAAAUUCACAAAGGGUUACCUCCAUAUCUCAAGUUUAUCUCGGUGUAGUGGAGCUCUUCAGCUGGCAAGGAUGCAUAAAUCUUACUGUUUUGUUAGCUUGUAGACAAGUCGUGUAAUGGCAUGUACAUUUGUCUUCGAUUGGGAAUGUGUAGAUGUGUAGAGAUUGUUAAAACCUGAUGAACUACUAAUAGUAUUUAAAAAAAAAACAAGCAGAAUUAGAUUGUAUAGAGUCAUUGUACAGUUUGAAUUCAGCUACUACAUGGCAAUAUUUUAUUCAGGUAUUUUGCAUAAAAUUUUGUAUAUAGAUAUUUUGUAUAUUUGGAUUUUAAUGUAAUUUAAAUAGUAAAUGUAAGUAAAUUGCAGUGUAAAUCUGUAAAUCCAUUAAAUAACAAAGUAGUUUUAA